AUUAUACAAAAAUAUGCCCAACUUUUGAUCGUAUAACAAUAACUAGACAGGAAAGUAAGUGGUUAAUAAACAAAAAGAAACAACUUAAUACCACCAACGAUUGAGCUCGUGUUAUAAGAAGAAAGAAAAAAGACAUUGACAUCAGACCCGAAGCGCCGUUUCAAUGGGUUAUCGAGAUACUGAAGAUCUGUUCAGACUUCAGAUCAGAUCCAAUGACACCCACCGCGCUAGAAAGAAUCCAGGCGAAUGACCCACCCUCUGAAAGCCACCUAUUUCAUGCGACGUCAUCGUCUUCGUCCACCUAAAGACAGACGUGGCAGCUACCCAAAAGAGGGAUGCCCAUUACGUGUUUGUCCAUGUCCAUGCACCUGUCCUCCUCCUGACACGUCCGGAACGGUCUACGCCGUCCGGCCCUCCUCCGGCCUCUAUUUAACCGGCGACCGAGCUCGAGAUUUUCCUCACGCUUCCUGCUCGAUUUCAAGUGGUUAUCGUGGUCUGUUUCGUGUUUUUGGUCGUCCGAUUUCUUCGCCGAACUUCUUCGUGUUCGCGUGUCUUGGAGCGAUGGAGCCUGGCCGUGAUGAAUAUGGCCACCCUCUGAAGGGCACCACGCAAGAAGGGUACACUGGUACCGCCGGAUACCCAGCUACCACGCCUGGUACUGCUGGGUACGGUACGACCCCUGGAGCUUACGGCGUUGGUGCCGGCUCCGGCACCGGGGCGGCUGCCGGUCAAGGGCAGGUGCUGCACCAGGGUGAGAGGCAAGGUGGUGGCCAUGGCGUGCUGCACCGCUCAGGCAGCUCGAGUUCCAGCUCUUCUUCCGAGGACGACGGGCAAGGAGGGAGGAGGAAGAAGGGGCUGAAGGAGAAGAUCAAGGAGAAGCUGCCUGGUACUCACAAGGAAGGACACACCGAAUAUGAUGCCAGUGGGCAGCCGAUCCACGCAGGGGAGAAGAAGGGCGUCAUGGAGAAGAUCAAGGAGAAGCUGCCUGGACAACACCACUAAAUUUCCCUCCCACCGAAGGGCAGGGCCUCUGUUAUGAUCAAUAUAAAUAUCAUAAGGUUAGGAGCAUUGUAGACAUAAAUAACAAUGGAAGCAAGUGUUAUCUCUGUGAAUGUUGGAUGGUGUUGUAAGUUGACUCGCGUGUUUGUGAUUAAUAACAUGGCAAUUCUCGUGCUGUCCCAUAAGUUUGGCCUUGUACUGAAUC